AUGAGCCCAUUGUUUUAUCAUCGGUUCCAGACAGCCUCUACUGCCUACUAUCUGGCGCUGACCUUUCUGACCAGGAAUGAGAUCUUAUGCAUUCAUGACACCUUCUGCAAGCUGUGUCCCAGAGGCAAGUACUACAAGGAUGCCACCCUAACCAUGGAUCAAAUCAGCUCCUUGCCAGCCUUGCGGGUUAACCCCUUCAGAGACAGAAUCUGCAGAGUGUUCUCCCACGAUGAUGUCUUCUCAUUUGAAGAUGUCUUGGGAAUGGCUUCUGUAUUUAGUGCGCAGGCCUGCCCCAGCCUGAAGAUUGAGUAUGCCUUCCGCAUCUAUGCAGAUAUUAAUGAGAAUGGUUUCAUUGAUGAAGAUGACCUCCAGUGCAUCAUCCAGCGAUUGCUAAACACUACUGAUGUGGGUGACGACUUGCUAAAGAAUCUGACUAAACAUAUAUUGGGAGAAUCAGACCUGGACAAUGAUCACAUGCUGUCUUUUGCAGAGUUUGAACAUGCCAUGUCCAAGUCCCCAGAUUUCAUGAACUCGUUCCGGAUUCAUUCCUGGGGCCUCUGAUGGUGAAGCUGCCCUGCUGAGAACAUACUAAUGAAAAGGUCUUUUGACUGCCAUGUGGGAGAUCUCUACCAUCCUGUCCACUUCCCUCUCAUCUCUGGAGGUUAAGGGAGGGAUAUGGUUACAAGUGUAUCUCUGUUUCUUUUAAGAGAAUAAAGCCACAGAUGGCAUUUUCCUUACCCUUCUGGUUCAGUAUUCCUUAAACCCAAGCAGUGUACCAUGUUGGGAUAUAAAAAAGGGUUGAACAAAAUGAGUGGACACAGUAAAGUUUUAUGUAGCAUCCCUCUUGUCUAUAUCAUCCAUCA